AUGACGACUCUGUUCGUCCAAUACUCACCUGGCAACAUUCGGCUCAUGAAAUGCGGAAACUGCAAGGCAGUUGCAGAUGAGUACAUCGAAUGCGAACCCAUAAUUAUUCUAAUUGAUCUAAUUCUGCACAAGACCAAAGCUUAUACACAUUUACUCUAUAAUGUGAUAGACCCACAAGCUCCGUCUUUUCAGGGUUUAUUGUGGAAGUCUACUUUUGGGUUUCUUCUUUUGGAUGCUUAUAGGAGUCUCUUUCUGGAAAGAAGUAAGGAAGAGUGGGGCUUGUCCAUGAGCUUCGCGUCAUUACUUUGGAGAUUUCAAAAGAUGCUGAUGGACGUUGUCUUUGGAAAUAUCAUGUUUCUUUCUACCUUUUUGCUCUCUAUGAGGGUUCUUUUCAGUACAUUCCCUAGACCACUCAGUGAUAACUCAGUCAGCUAUGAGUAG